UGCGCAAUUAAUUUCGUAUCGGUAAGGGACGGGAUUUGUCAUAAGUCUAGCGAGACGCCGAGGCGUAAAAUAUGUAAAAAUAAAAUGGUUUCCGGCGUGAGGGUACCUGGUGUUGCUAGGCAGCGAAACAAUCCACGGUGGCCAUGGUAACCAGGCAAGGACGCUUCUUCCACCCGGAAGAGAGGCACGUGCUCAGCUCCUGGUCCAAGCUUUGCGGCUGCAGAUCUCUCACUCUGCCCUGAGCUAAUACCGCGCGCCGUCACUCUUUAACUUUCCUCUACCAUAACUUUUCCACUAAUAUUUGCAGUAACUCUAAACACAAACUGCCCUGAUCAUCGGCACUGCAGCCCCGUUAAAUUGGAGCAACUUUCCCUGCCCACCCCCAGGUAUGUUGUACUCACGCCAAUGGUGCAAAUGAAACCACGUUGAGGGGGUAGGUGGUGGCAAAGUGAUCAUGAUGUCGCUGGACCAGUAAUGUAGAGGUCCAGGUUAUUGCUCUGGGAACACAGUUUCGCAUCCCACCGAGUCAAGAUGGUGCGUGGCUUGGAGGGGAACUUGCGGGUGGCAGUGUUCCCAUGUGCUUGCGGCCCCUGAUGUCCCUGGAGGCUAGGGAUUGUUCGUGUGGGUGAUGCCGCUAAAGAAGCCCUGAUAAAUAGUCAUGGAGGAAACUUCAAUCGAGGCCUCUAACUCACAGGCUGUCUCCUUAAAGCCUCUUGAGACACACAACUCACAGAAGAUUUCAACGUCACAGGUUGGCUCUCAACAUUCUGUGGAACAAACUGCUGAGCACGAGAAGUCUGUGGUUUCAGCAUGUUCUAUGAUGCAGGAUCAUAGCGUAAACCCUUUCAAGAUACCUCAAAAUUGUGAUAUCUUUGUGCUUCGAGAUAUUGAGAGGGAGCGGAGGAAAAAGGAACAAAACGAACAAAAGAAACUCAAGAUUCAUGAGAAGGCCACAUAUGCAGCUCGCAUUAAUGCAAAAUAUGGCAGCCAACAAAAGGUGGUGGAAAAACCAGAGGUAGAUGCUGAGGGAGAACAUCAAGCCAACGUGAAAAAACUCUCUGCUCUCAAAAGUGACCCAUCGUGGAAGGUCAAAGUCACAAGAGAUCGUCAUGUUGAGAAAGAAACCUUGAGUGAUUAUAUCAACAAGAAAAGAGAGAUGUUUAUCCUGCAGUACUCACUGACCAUGAAGAAGGAUGAGAUGAGGAAGCUGGAUGAAGUGGCUGCAGAAGAGGAGAUGAAGCUGGAGAAGGCUGAGCAGUACCUUGAGGAAGACGCAGCCAUGUUUGACGAGUUCCUGAAAGAAAACGACAAGAAUUCUGCAGAAGCGAUGCAAAUAGCUGAACAGGAAACAAAGCUGAAGCUGGAUAAAGUGGCUGAAAUAAAGAAAGUGACAACACAAAUGAUGGCGGUAAAAAAUGAUAUUGUCAAGUUUGAAGAGACAUUGAAGGAUUACCAGAUUUACAGGGACUUUCUGAUCAAACUCUCCCCCAAGGAAUGGAAAGAGGAGGGGGAGAGAAGGAAGCAGGAAAGAAGGUUGUCAAAAAAAUCCUUCAAGGUAAAAUCCAGGGAGUUAGUCGUUAAAACAUCUCUGCCUUCACCCAUCAUAAGACGGCAGAGCAGCAAGAGCAGUAUCCACUCCAGCCAAGAUCUUCAAAAUGUAAAGUUGGGCGUAAAGUCCGGCUUAGACCGGAGGAAGAGUACCGCUGUUCCUGCAACAAGAGAGGUUGAGUCCGAGUGGUCUGACAGCGAUGAGGAGCAGGAGCUUUACUUCACCGAUCCCAAGCAGUUGCUGGACAUCUACACGGAGCUGGAGGAACAGAACCUGUCGCUCAUCCUCAACUCACAGGAAACUGAGGAGGCUGUGGAGGAAAUCAAACAGGCCAUGGCCAACGCCCAGCAUAAGAUGAACUGUGAGACCGAUUUUCUAAAGCAGCAGCUGAACAUGCUGAACGAAGCUGUAGCCAAGGAGGAGAACAAGGCUGCGGAGCUCGAACUCAAAGCCAAGAUGUUCUCAUUCAGCCAGAGUACCAUUGAAGAUCAGGAUAAAAUGCUGGAAGUUCUUGAUCAGAAGGUGGGAGAGGUUUACCGAGCCUGUAUCGGUGAGAACGAGGCCAACAUGAGUACACUACAGAUGCUGACCAGCAUCGAGAACUACCUGGAAGACUUGUUUGAGAAUCUGGAGAAGCUGCCUCGGGAGAAAGUGGAAUUGGCCCAACGGAACAAAGAGAAGGAGAAGAGACUGAGGGUAAGGGAGGCGCGACUGAUGGAGGAGAAGCUUCAUCAGGAGGAGCGAAUCCACCGGGCCAUUCUCAGAUCACAGGCUGAACACCAGAAAAAGACUGUGAGGAAGCUCGUGUAUCGGUCAAACCCACCUUUAAUGAAGGAGCUGGAGAAGGAGAACCAAGUCACCACUGACAAGGAGAAGGAGGAGACUGAGUAUUACUUUAGCUAUUAAAUGUACAAUUUAUGAAUGAAUGAAAUCCACGUGCACAUACAUCACUAUGUUAAAAGGUUCUGCUUCGAUCACUGCUUUGUGUAGUUUGGCCACAGCUCAGGGUUUGCCAUGUUUUAUUUUAAGCAGCCACCAUUGACUUACUUCCUUCCAACCUGCACCAACCCACCGAGGCUCAAUCUGCAGCCAUGACCAUCCAAAACAAGUCUGAGCAGUUUUAGCUGUUUUGUUUGUACAGCAGUGUAAGUUUGUAUUCACAGAAAUGGUAUGGAUUAUUGAAAUAAACGUGACUAUUUACCUUC